AUGCAGUCUCCAGUCGACAUUCGCGCUGCACAACAUGCUGAGUUAUCCGCGGCCAUAGGCGUUGACUUGCCCACCCAUACACCGGGUAUUCCAGCCGGCAUGGCUACCAUCUUCUCAGUCGUCUCCUCAACCGUGGCGGCAGCAGCAGCUUCAACUGCGACCACCACCACCACCACCACCGCUACUACACCGACGUCUACGCCCGACUCGCCACACGAUAGCCCCGAAGGAGAAUGCAGGCUCCUUGGGUCCUUUGCCCUGCUUGUUCAAGCCGCCCUGGGAGCUUUGGCCCUUCUAGCCCUCGUGUAUAAACGGUCCAGAGAGCGUCCUCAGCGGCCAGUUAAGAUUUGGUUCUUUGACGUCUCCAAACAAGUCUUUGGCUCUGUUUUGGUACAUAUCGCCAACAUCUUCAUGUCCAUGCUUACCAGUGGCCGGUUCUCAAUAAAGCUGGAGCCGGGUAGCGCACAAGCACGGAGUGACGAGCCAUACGUGCCUAACCCUUGCUCAUUUUACCUGCUCAACUUGGGUAUUGACACAACCCUGGGUAUUCCCAUUCUCAUUGUCCUCCUUAAAAUCAUUACCGGCCUCGUCGCCUUUACACCACUCGGCAAACCCCUUGAGUCCAUACAGUCAGGCAACUACGGCAACCCCCCCAGUUCAUGGUGGUGGCUCAAGCAAUCCGUCAUUUACUUUUGUGGUUUGUUCGGCAUGAAAGUAUGCGUCCUCAUCAUCUUUAUCCUCAUGCCAUGGAUAUCCAAAGUUGGCGACUGGGCACUGUCCUGGACCGAAGGCAACGAAAAACUCCAAAUUGCCUUCGUCAUGAUGAUCUUCCCACUCAUCAUGAACGCUCUGCAGUACUACAUCAUCGAUUCGUUCAUCAAGAAGCAGGAGGUGGACCACGAGCGUCUCCCCUCCGAGGACCCAGACCACUACGACGAUGGGCCUAGGUACAGAAGUCACACUCGGCUGCGGACCCAGGCCGAAGGAAGCGAUGCGGAUGACAGUGACAGCGAGUUUGACAGCCGCAACCGUCCUCUCCGAUCGAAAAAUGGCCUUCGCACAAACGUAGAGGAGGAAUAUGACCCGGAUGUAGAUGGGGAUGCACCCACUGUUAUUGGAAGCAGUUCCAGUCGAGGGAGGGUAGAUCGGGCUAAGGUCCCUGCCGAGUUGUAUCCCAAGGAAUAA